AUGGAAAGACAACGCUCUAGUGGAUCGCUGGAGAUGGUGACAAUUGUUCGAGGGACGCAAGAGCUGCCAAUGCGCGUGACGGACGUAAACAGCUCGAGACUAUCGCGCGUUUUCAAGGUAGACGUCGUCUACCUAGAAAGAGAGGACGGUCAAGAGCCAGCGGUUUUCCCUCAGACAGGAGGACGCUUCGACAAUCUGACAGGCGGUCGUCGAUACCGGUUGCACGGUGAUAAAAUUGAAGACGGAAAACCGUUUACUUCAUCACCAAGCUACGCUCAACUACAACCCAUUCUUGGAUUAGCAAGUGAGCGCACCGCCUCUAGCAGUACAACUACGACGCCUGUACCGGGCACCCAUUGGACGGCUGUGCCGCCAAGCUCGUCGUGGUCUGCGUUCAAAUCAGUGGCACCCAGCAGCCGUAAACAAAAAGCGGCAGCAAGCGCCAGAGAUCUAAAAAAGUCUGUAGAUUUGUGCUCCCUAGAAGUGGUAAACAACAGACUGCAACUGGGAGACGUCCGUUCAACUACGUUUAUUCGGGUAGCGGAAAACGAUGUCUGUUUGAGCAACAUGACGGACCUAGUGCAAGCUAGAUUCCAGUCCGUCAUGCCUCUAGACGACAGGAUUUUGCUGGUCGACAAUCGUGCUGUUCCGUUUGCAGACGAUGAAGGCACCAGAGACGUUGAUUUCUGGAAGGCACCUGCGCGACGAAUAUGCGCUGUAAUGCAGUCUGACCUAGACGCAAUGAAGGUCUACCUAGAUGCCAUGCGGGAGACCCCCGUCAGCAGAAAGAGAAGGGCGUCGACUUCAGCCAGUGAGCUGCAAGCAAGGUCAAGUACUUCUUCACCUGCUACUAAAGUCUGGCACAAACUAGACGGAGACAUCCACGACAUACAAACCCAGUUAGAUGCCAUAGAGUCCAACGUCGAAAGACUUCACGACAGACUAGAGAACGUCGACGAUAAAUUAGACGAAUCUAUUUCUUUGGCACAAAGUCGAUUCGACUCAAGGCGAUCACGCUCGACAAAGCUGGCAACGAUGACGAUGAAACUACUGGGAUGCCGUAUAUGCCACCUGUUCCCCAGGACGCCAGUCAGCAUAACUACUUGCUGCCGUCAGUGGCUAGGGUGUGAAGCUUGUUUUACCAAGCUCUCGGCAAGUCGGUGUCCUUUGUGCAACGCCGGCUGGACUGCUGAAAAAAGUUGCGUAACAGUGAGGGGCUUGGAGGGGCUGAGACCCAUGGCACAGGAACUUAGGAAGCAUCUUGGCAGCAACGUGGUUCAUGAUGAGAAUUCUAGCUCCUCCGAGUCCGACCUCCCGCCUUUUGCACGACCUCCAUCCUCGGCGAGGUCGGCAACUGCUACUGCUGCAGCUGGUGCUGAUGAUGACAAUGGUGGCCCCAGUGCAGCGAGUCCAGUCCUGCUUGACUAGACUGACAGGUACACGAGUUGCGUACUAGCUUAAUUUGCAUGCCGCUAUAGAACUGUAGAUGCGAGCUUUAGUUGUUGAGUUGGUUUGGACAGUUGACUAGCUAGGGUGAUGAUGCGCGUAGUAUAGCUAUUUAGGUUGUAGAGGUAGUGUUCUAUGUGAUGUACAAAGUCUAGACAUGAAGUACAACUUGCAGU